AUUAGUUCUCUUUAGUGUUUGCCAAUGUUGGAGGUCUGGCCGCGGACAGAGAUAUAGAGCAUGGCUCAAGUGAAAGUGCAGAACUCAGCACACGCCGUGCCCUCCAUCAAUGGCACUGUGCCCGCCGUCCCGCCAGCUACUCCCCAGGAUAACAUGGCAAACCCUAAAGAGAAAACUCCGAUGUGUCUGGUGAAUGAGUUAGCCCGUUUCAACCGGAUCCAGCCGCAGUACAAACUGCUGAACGAGCGGGGGCCUGCACAUGCCAAGAUCUUCACUGUACAGUUGUGUUUAGGUGAGCAGGUGUGGGAAGCUGAAGGCUCCAGCAUUAAGAAAGCUCAGCACUCAACAGCCAAUAAAGCACUGGCAGAGAGCUCGCUGCCCCGCCCCCCGCCACGCAUCACUAAACCAGACACACACACCAAUCCAGGCAGCAUCACCCCUACUGUGGAGCUGAAUGGAUUGGCAAUGAAGCGUGGAGAACCAGCCGUCUACAGACCCCUGGAACCCAAACCCCUCCACAACUACAGGGCCAACUACAACUUCAGAGGCAUUUUCAAUCAGAGGUAUCACUAUCCAGUCCCCAAGGUGUUCUACGUGCAGCUGACGGUAGGCAGUAACGAGUUUAUUGGCGAAGGUCGAACUCGGCAAGCAGCUCGGCACAACGCAGCCAUGAAAGCUUUGCAGGCGUUGAGGAACGAACCCAUUCCAGAAAAGCAACCCCAGAGUCUGGAGGAGAAAAAAGGUUCAGAGGAGGAGAGCGACGCAAAUAAAUCUGAAAUCAGCCUUGUGUAUGAGAUUGCACUAAAGAGGAACAUGCCUGUGAAUUUUGAGACUUCCUCCAUCCUCCUCCGUCCCCAGGUGCUGAAGGAAAGCGGCCCACCCCACAUGAAGAGCUUCCUGACCCGCGUGACGGUGGGCGAGUUCUCGGCUGAGGGCGAGGGCAACAGCAAGAAGCUGUCGAAAAAGCGUGCAGCGUUCUCCAUCCUGCAGGAGCUGAAGAAGCUGCCCUUCAUCCCAGUAGUGGAAAAGCCCAAAAUGCACUACAAGAAACGUCCCAAGACUAUACUGAAGAUCUCAUUAAAGGCAGGGCCAGAGUAUGGUCAGGGCAUGAACCCCAUCAGCCGACUCGCACAGAUCCAGCAGGCUAAACGAGAGAAAGAGCCCGAGUAUGCGUUGUUGUCCGAGAGAGGCCUACCACGCCGCAGAGAAUUCAUCAUGCAGGUGAAGGUGGGUGAUGAAGUGACAUCAGGAACAGGGUCGAAUAAAAAAGUUGCUAAACGUGCAGCUGCGGAGGCGAUGCUGCUCCAUCUGGGAUACAAAGCCUCCACGCCUAUUCAAAACACACAGGAGAAGCCACACAUGGACAACAAAAGCUGGAACGGACAAAGAGCCACUUUCAGCGAAGCCAGCACUAACACGCAGAAAGGAAUCCUCCACCUCUCUCCAGAUGUGUAUCAGGAGAUGGAGGCCAGCAGGAAUAAAGGUGGCACAGUCCCUUCUGUCACUCCUAUGACCCCGGUGACCUCUGUGACCUAUAUGAACCCUAAAGAAGUUAGCCCGGCACCAUUUUACAACAACAGCGCCUCAAAGACGGCCGCCAUCGCCCGGGAGCUGCUGAGCAAAACGCCAAAAACGCCCACAAUCCCCUGCAGCUCCGUUCAGCCAUCGCAGCAGCUCGAGUACCUUGCUCACAUUCAGGGCUUCCAGGUGCAGUAUACGGACAGACAGACGGACACAGAGUUUGUGACUUAUCUCACUCUCUCGCCCGUUCAGAUGACGUUCCACGGCAUUGGGAGCUCCAUACAGGCCAGCCAUGACCAGGCGGCUCUGAGUGCCUUGAAGCAGCUUUCAGAACAGGGACUCGACCCGGUGGACGGAGGAGUCAAGGUGGAUAAUGGAUCCUGUGAAAUAUCGGUCAAACAUCCGGAUGGGAAACAGACUAACUCAGGCUCUCAGGACUGCGCAGAUCCGAACGCUGUGGUGUAGAAAAACUCGGAGCGUCUUCACGAAACGCCGCCGGGAUCCCUCGGAACAUCGGCACGCAAUAGGGUGGACGUGUCUCGACAACAUGACGUAGAACAACACACAUACUUGCUCUCAGUUUAUGUGAAGACAACACUAUCUUUAACCUUUAGUUACUAUGGAAAAUUUAACCUGCUAACAAAUAUUGAAAAAAAAAAAAGAAAAGGAAAACCCAACAAAAAAGAGAGAAGAACUAACGUGAAAACGAGUUAAUGCAUGGUACUGUGUUGACUAAAGGGGAAAUUCAAGUAUUACGCAUUUCCCUGAUCGAUAGAUGUUUUUUUUAAUUAAUUAAUGAAUUAAUUUUAUUUUAGUCUUUUAUGGAUUAAGCAGGCCUGUAUCAUGCAAUGGAAUUGAAUGAAAUUUAAGAAAUAAAAAGUUCUGUAAGUGGGAGGGAGGAGGUGAUUCGUACAUUUUUUUUUUUUUUUUACAUUUUUUUAAUUUCCUUAAUUGCAGUGCUUGAGUGCGUGAAGAUUAACAGACGAUGGCAGUGCUGUAAAAGUUGUAGUUGUUGUCUUCAUAUAUAAUCACCCAGCUUGGCGUUUAUGCUGAUGUUCAUGUAUCUGUACAGAUGUGUACGACACGAAGGAGAAGAAAAAAGAAAAAAAAAAAACAACUAACGACAGAGACAGAAUUAGCCGAGAGGUUUGAUGAGGAUCUGAUCUGUAUUAUUGUAAAUAAAGCAAAUCCAC